AUUAUGCGCAUGUGUAGUAGAAAUAAUGGGAUAGAAAUCCAAUAAUGAGAUAGAAAUCCAAGAACAAAAUCUGAUGCGGGCGGUGGACCAGAAACCAGAGUAUCACUUGGAGUGGCCUAAAGUUUAUGACCAAAGCUACUAAGUCUAUUAGUGACUUUUGAGGAUCAGUAGGGUGUGAAUGCAAUGGCAGGCAACAACGUUGAAGCGAACGAUGGAUACGCUAACUUAGAGUUACGCACGUAUAAAACUAACAGAUGUGUUCGGUUUAUGACAUGGAUGUUCUACUUUCCAUGUGUUCUCACUGGGCAAUACAUCCCUUCCUAUUCUGGUUUGGAGGAUCCUUGCGCCAUCAUCUUAACCACAUUUUUUUUGCUGUGCAUCUUGUUGCUAUUUGUUUUGAACCUUCUAUUGAACAUUGGGUCUGUUGGUUUUGACAUUUAUGCAAUUGUUUCCUGUAAUUUCAGUGUGGAUUGUGGCUUCAUAUACUCCUUUCCAUCAAUAAGCAACAUAUCUGGAGCAUCGCACAACAUAAUAAGAAUGCAACCCACAAGUCUUGCGCAAUUUGAUGAUUGGCAAAAAGUUGUUAUUACAACAGCAACAAUAUCUGGCGCAUUGUCCUUCAUUUUUAUGGCAUGGGUUUUGUAUGGAAGGUAUAGCAUAUUUAGUAAGUAUGUAUACCAUCGAACUGAUGCCUUGUCAGCACUCAUCAAGAAAAGCAAUUGCUGUGAGCCGCAGCAUCACAAAGAAGCCGCUAAACGCAACCCGAAUGUCCUCAUAGUCAAUCCAUUUUUUGAUAACACGUACACAGUUUGUACUGUGAAGGAAAAAAAUAUUACUGAUGAUGUUAGAAUUGAGGAACAAUUUUUGUCAUCAUUGCUCACUCCAAAACAAUGUGUCUACUUUCAAUCAGUUUUUUGGUUCAACUUCAGUGUUUAUGUGGUGAAUGUAGUUCUUCUUGCCAUAAUUGUGAAGCAAAAGCAAGCGCUUGAUAAUUUUAAAUUUACUCCUGAUCUUACUCUUGAGGUGUUUGAUUUGCUUGGUCUUAUAGCCCAAUUAGUAUCCCAAUUGGCGGCACUGAUGAGCUGUUUUAUCUUCUCUAAGGUUGCUUAUGCUGUCUCUAAUCAGUGCUUGGACUUUACCAGGUGUAUUUUUCCGCAUAUUAUGGAGCGAGAUGGUUGUGUCAAUGAUUUGAAGAAGAUGGAUAAAAGGUACACAUUGUUGCUAAGAAACAGCCUAGGCCCUUAUAGCGUAUGGUUUACUAUUCACUGGAUAUUAUAUACAGUAUCAUCCUUCAUGGCAAUAGCUUAUGUUGCUGAUCAGAUAAUAAUGGAACUCUACGGACCUGAGCCUGCUGACAAAAAAUGCCACGGUGAACACGAUUCAGAAUGUCGACUAAAACUAGUUUAUUCUAUCUUCUUUGCACUGGAGCAUUGCAUUUUGUUUCUGUACCCUUGCUUCCGAGCUGCUAGUGUGACAAGAGCAAGAGCAAAAAUGAUCAAGUAUGUAUCUAAUGCACAUUGGCCGAAUAUAACAGACCAAGAAAAAAACGUUUUUAUAACGUAUCUUAAAGAUCAAAAUGCUUCGUUUAAGAUAUCAAUCCUGUGUGCAGAGUUGACGUUUGGCUUCAACAUGGCCUAUCUAUCGAUAUUCGUAGGUGUCCUAGGCGUAGUGAUGAAACUAUCACUUUAGCAUGAAACGGUUAUUUGAAGUAAGUAUUAUAGUAGUUAGCAAUAACUUGAACAAAAAACAAGCAUGCUUUCGUUUUAUAUGUAGAGACUAAGAACCAUGUGUUGUAUGUUAGCUGUUUAGUUGCUUCCUGAUUUAUUUCCUGCAUGCAUGUGUAGGAAUACUAUCAUGCUCGUUUAAGUGGUGUUGUGCAAUAAUUAUAGUCAGUCGUUUUCUAAAUGAAGAAAUUGUUUGUUCAACUGUCAAAGUGUUAGGCCAAUUAAAGCGUUACAUAAAUUAAUAACUAUUGCAUAGGAAAUAAAAAAAAAAACAUAACAUAUUUAUAAUUCAGGAUUAUACAAAAACUUUCAUGACAUCUAGUUCAAUGAGUACUGAAAAAAUCAUAAACACGCAAUAAACAUACAUUAGAAUCACUCCAUACUCCCUGUAGAAAUUAGAACACAUUGUGAUAUAAUUAUACAGAUCUAAUACUACUAAUUACGUACCUUGGAGGUGAGAAUUUGAAUAAUGGGAAGACAACAGCACUUCCAAGGAGCACAAAUCCCAAAAAUAUCCACGCCAUUUUCACAUGCACAAAUUCUUCGGAAAAGAUAUCAAAUUCAUAGACCUGGCCAUCUUCACUAAUCAUCUUGGCC